GUCAAGAAAUUAGGUCUAUUGGUACAAAUUUCCCCAAGUAUUAAAGUUGAAAGUUUCUUUUAGCCAUUAGAAAAACGGUUACAUAUAAAACAACAAACGUAGAGAUAUUGAAAGAUUUAGAAAGGGAAAAUCAAAGAAUUAAACCACCAAACCAAACUCCUCAGCUGUGUGUCCCGUCCUCUCUACCAACCCACUCUGCCUCCCCAUUGAUAAAUGACAGAGCUCUAUUUAUGGCCUCCAUUACCAAGCUUAAAAUCCCAUCUCCUUCACCGGUGACCCUAUUUUCUCUCUCCCGCUCAACAUCUUCCUUUCUUUCUCCAUCGCCGAUCAUGGGAAGUGAAGUGGAAGUGGUAGCAGACAUCGCUUUCCCUAAGCAGAUCGUUAAGGCCAAGCCGUUAUCUCUGUUGGGUCAUGGAACUACAGAGAUAGAGAUUCACUUUCUAGAAAUAAAGUUGACUGCCAUUGGAGUUUAUUUGGAGCCUUCAGUUGUGGAGCAUUUGCAACAAUGGAAGGGAAAAGCUGCUAAGGACUUAGUGGAAGAUGAUGACUUCUUUCAGGCUAUUGUUUCUGCUCCAGUGGAGAAGGUAAUAAGAGUAGUGGUGAUCAAAGAGAUCAAAGGGUCACAAUAUGGAGUUCAGUUGGAGAGUGCAGUUAGGGAUAGAUUGGCAGCUGAUGACAAAUAUGAAGAUGAAGAGGAAGCUCAGUUGGAAAAAAUUGUUGAAUUUUUUCAGUCCAAAUAUUUGAAGACGCAUUCUGUUAUAAACUUUCAUUUCCCACCAGCUUCAACCAUUGCUCAGAUAGAGUUUUCAAGUGAUGAGAAGGAGGAAUCAAAGAUGAAAGUUGAGAAUGGAAAUGUGGUUGAGAUGAUUAAGAAAUGGUACUUGGGAGGGACUAGAGGUGUGUCUCAACCAACCAUAUCAUCAUUGGCUAACAAUCUUGCCAUUGAAUUAUCUAAAUGAACCCUACCACCUUUGAACUUCUUUUGCACAAUGUUUUUUUUUUUUCUUUCUUUUCUUAAUUAUUAUAAUAGUGGUUAAAUUCAAGUAUGUGUAAUCGUUGUUGCAUUAGGUUAAUGUUUAAGUGGCAAGGUGAGAAUUUGAAUA